AUGUGGCUCAAAGGACUUGUAGCCACAGCCACUGCGCUCUUGGGUUGCGCACAAGCCCUCGAGACGUAUGAGAGGAAUCUAAUUUUCCAGCCACCCUCAAAUUACACCGACCCUCGCACUCUCUAUCCCCGCACGGUCCAGCUUGAGGAUGGCCGUCUUCUGGCCACCUGGGAAAACUACUCCCCUGAACCGCCACUGGUUUGGUAUCCCGUGGUAGAGUCCUGGGACGGCGGUCUCACAUGGGAGGAGGUCGGACAGGUGCAUGAUCAGGUCAACAACUGGGGCAUGAGAUACCAGCCAUUCUUGUACGAAUUGAGACAGGACCUUGGGGACUUCAAGGCGGGAACCGUUCUGUGUGCUGGCAACAGCAUUCCGACGGACCUGAGCGAAACCAAGAUCGAUGUGUAUGCGUCUACCGACAAAGGGCGUACAUGGAACUUUGUGUCGAGCGUUGUUCGCGGUGGACGCGCAAUCCCAAACAACGAAGAGACACCAGUGUGGGAGCCUGAGAUUAUUGUCUAUGAAGAUACUCUCAUCCUAUACUUUGCCGACCAGAGAAGCGAGCUUCACGGUCAAGAGCUGAGCCACAAGGAAACUAAGGAUCUGAAAAAUUGGUCCGAGACUAUUACGGAUGUGAGCUUUGAUACCUACACUAUGCGUCCAGGCAUGCCCGUUGUCGCCAAGCUCCCCAACGGCAAAUACAUCUAUGUCUACGAAUGGGGUGGUGCUCCCAUCUUCGACAACUACCGCUUCCCCAUCUACUAUCGCUUCGCCGAGGACCCUCGCAAGUUUGCCGAGGCCGAGGACUUCUACAUCAACGCCACCAACACCGACAUCUUCCCCAACAACAGCCCUUACGUGGUCUGGACACCGGUUGGCGGCGAGAACGGCAGUAUCAUCGUGAGCAGCAAUCUCAAAUACGUCUACAUUAACCGCGAGUUGGGUGAUCCGGAUGCUUGGGUUGCGUACGACGUCCCCGAGAAUGGUGCUUACACUAGAAACCUGAGAAUCUUGGAGGAGGAUCCUAAUUACCUGCUGAUUAUGGGUGCUGGUGUUCUGCCCCCGAGCACCACCAACAAUGUGACGAUCAGUCUUGUCAAGGUGUCUGAGCUGUUGAAGAAUCCAGUUGGAGGA